GGCUCUCUGACUUUUUCCUGUCGCGAGCUGCUCAGAAAGGUAGUCGAGCCUUCCUCUGUUUCCAUCAGAGCGCUGAAAGCCCUGAAACGAGAGUCACACAUACACACAUCCCCAUCCUUUAGUUUGGGCUCUUUUGUGUUGACACUGCCAGCCACUGAAGAAGAUGCUGAGGAGGAAAACUUCCAAUGCCUCGGAGAAGGACUCAGGACAGGUUUCAAAGAGGAAGAUCAGUCUUCAGAGGUCCAGCAGCUUCAAGGAUUUCAUGAAGCCCAAGUCUCCCGUAGCGGCCGAAGAACUUCACUGGGAUGAGCCUGAGAAUGUCACUGUGGAUGAAGCUGUGAAGAGCGGCAGCAAGCAGGGAAAGUCAUGGCGAAACGUCAUCUCCCGCACUAUGACCCGCAAGACAUCCAAGCAGGUCCAGAAGGCUCUGGCUGAGGAGGGGAAUGAGAGCUAUGAGGAGAGCACCCUAUCUCCAUCUGACUGGCUUCCCGAUCAGAGUGCUCCUCGGAACAGAACUUCCCUCUGUUCCUCGGGAUCCGAAGAGACGGUGUCCGGCCCUCCGUCCAGACAACUCUCUGCAGGCAGUGACAGACAGAGCCUGGACAGUGGCUACAGCCAGAGAGACAGCAUGAGACUGGAAGAGCAAGGGGCCUCCUACCUGGGACCCUUCUGUGGUCGCGCCCUGGUCCACACCGACUUCACCCCCAGCCCAUAUGACAUGGAGUCGCUCAAACUACAAAAAGGUGACAUAAUCCAGAUCAUCGAGAAGCCCCCCAUGGGAAUCUGGACGGGGAAAUUGAACACCAAGGUGGGGUCCUUUAAGUUCAUCUACGUCAACAUCCUGCCGGAGGACAGCCCGCCGGUCCGGAGGAAGAGACCCCAGAGCAGGACAAGCCAGGCCCGGGGCAAACACCAGCUGCUGGAGGACGUCCUUGACAGGAUCGGCCUCUGUGAGCUGGGGUCUCUGUUGUCCAUGCAUGGCUUCAAGGGCAUCGAUGAUUUCGGGGGCUUGAAGGAAUGUCACCUGAACGAGUUGAACAUCACCGAUCCCGAAAAGCGCAGCAAGAUUCUGAAGGCGGUUGAGCUCCUGAGAGAGUCUGAGGCAGAAUCAGACUCUGAGGAGGAGGCGUCGGCCGAAAGCGAAAGCAAGCAAAUCCGGGACUCGGGCUGUUUCGAGAGUUCCGAGAACCUGGCGACCCUACGCGAGGAGCCGAGGACAGAGACCAAGGUUCUUCAUGAGGAGACAGAGGAGGAGACUGAGCAGGAGGAGCAGACAGAGAAGCUGGAUGAGGUCCAGCAGGAGCUAGAGGACCUGACGGUGCAAUAGACACACUUUAGAGGAAGAGCACCACUUACAAACAGCUUUAGAUCCCUCAGUUCCCCAGGACGCCAGUAGGGGGUAAGAUACCACUGCAAAUGUCUUGUACAAUGGGAGAGGAACGGCUGGGAGAAUGGAAUGAGGACAGAAGUCGAAGAGACAAUGAUUUCCUGAUAUGAAGAGCAAUACUGUUGGCUACAGUUGGGGUUCAACACACAAACAUGUAGAAAUUUGUGUUUUUUGCUUUACAAAUCGUUAACCAUGUUCACAUUUUACAUGCAGCAAUGUGAUUUUUUGUUUUACAAAUCGUUAACCAUGUUCACAUUUUGCAUUAAGUAUAGCUGUUCAUCUAUCAUGGAUCAAAAUGGCUGAGUUAGGAUAAAUGAACGGUUACUGAUUAUUACGUUAUGCAAGUAUUAUGCUUUAUGGAAAUAAUGCUUAAUAAUGAUAGUUGCGUUUGACACGGUGUAAAUGGUAAGCAUCAAAGUUUCAUAACUAUUUUUGCUAUAAUGAGCCUGAAAUCCAAUCAGUUGGUUGUUACUAUUCACUUUGUAUAUAUUAAGAGUUUGACUUUGUUGUACAUAGAAUUUAAAUAAAAGUUUUGAAUGGUU